GAACCGGCAGUGGUCUCGAGCUCUUUGCCGCAGGUUUUGUGGACCAAAUAAUGAUGUGGAUGGUCCCGGUCCACGCGAUAUGUGCAACAGUUAGUUCUCCUAGCACCAGUACAGCACAUCGUCUCCUCUCAAGCUCAUGUCUUUUUCUAAGUUUUGUAGCCCAAGUGGGACAGCCAAGCUGGCUUGGCUUGCACAAUUCAGAGUCUUUCUUUCUUUUUGGGUAGUGCUUGCUCAUCAGUUCUGUGGUCGCCCAAACGUUGAGAGUGAGAGAUCGAUUGCACAUAAGCUAUCCAUUCAGGAUUCAGGCAAUAAGCAGCAAGCAAGAUGUCUGGCAGCAUCGUGAUCGUGCUGUCCUUGCACGACGGCAGCACCCGUGCAGCCGUCGAGUUCUGGGUGUCGGCGACGACGCUACUGCUGCUGGCCAGGUUCACCGUGGGAUCCAUCGGGCCCCGGUUCUUCUCCUCCCGGCGGCUGGUCGCCCCCGUCCUCCGGCUGCUGCACAUGCUCAACUCCUACUCCCUCAGCUAUACCCUCGGGCUCAUGAAGCCUGCUGCCGCUUCUCCCACCGGCGCCGCCGCCGUGAGCGACCUGUUCCAGGUGUGGGCUGUGCUCAUCGUGAUCAUGCAGGCCAGCGCCCGCAUCGGCAGGCCGUACAGGGCCAAGGAGAUGACCCUGCUCGACCUGCUCUCCUCCCUGUGGUCCGCCGACCAGCUCCGGACCCAGACGCGGCCGCGCCUCGCGGUGCCGCUCUGGCUCAUCUGGUCCGUCCACGCGCUGCGCGUCGCCUGGUACCACGUCUCCUCCAGCCGGGCCGGCGAGGCCACCCCGCGGAACAUCAAGCUUGUCAGCGACUACAUGCUGACGUCGCAUCACACCGACGGCGACGCCUCCCCGGCCACCAUGCAGGGGUACAGGUACAUCGUCGUUGGGGAAGAAGAGCAGGCCGAGGAGGUCAGGGCGCCGGGCUUCACGCGCGAGAUGGACCUGACGACGACGGGACGACCCGGGUCCAGCAACCAGCAGCUGCUCAUCACCGUGGACAAGGUGUGGAACCAGGAGAGCAGCGACAGGCUGCUGGGCGCCGCCGCCGACGGCGACGGCCGGUUCAAGGACGUGUGCCUCUCCUUCGCCCUCUACAAGCUGCAGCGCCGCCGGUUCUUCGACUUCCCCAUCGCCGAGGCCGCCCACCCGGCCACGAGGCGGCUCGUCUCGGAGGCCCUGCUGGAGGAAGGCGCCAACGGCAGCUACGACCGGGCGCUGCGCGUCACCGAGGUCGAGCUCUCCUUCCUCCACGACUUCUUCUACAGCGCGCACCCUGUGGUGUUCGCCGGCGGCUUCCCCUGCGUCAGGCUGCUGCUGUCAGCGCUGAUGGCCGCGUCCGUCCUGUACCUGUUCCACGCCGUCGGCGACAUCCCGAGCAGUGGCACGGCCGUCGCCGCCGCCGGCAGGGAAGGGAAGCAGAAGCACGUCACGAUCACUCACGGGGUGCUCAUAAGCCACUGCGUCAUCGCCGUCGUCCUCUGCCGGGAGCUCGUAGAGGCCGCCAUCUACGUCUUCUCCCAGUGGACCAAGGUCCGGAUCAUCUGCCACUACGUCAAGCUGAAACUGCAGCGGCGUCGGCGCCAUGGGCGGGUCGCGAUGGCGGUGACGGAGAAGCUUGCGAGGAUCAUGUUCCGGAUCAUCAGCCGGGGUCGGUGGGAUCAACGGAUCAUCCAGUACAACCUACUGACGGCGGCGCUGCCGGGAAGCAGGCACCCGGCGCUUGCUCGACUCUACGCCCGGUGGCCCGGAAUCCGGGCCUUCAUCCCCAGGAAGGUGAAGCUGCAGAGCGAGGUGAAGAGGGCGCUGUUCCAGUCAAUGAAGAACCUGAUCGACAACAUUCCAUCUCCUGUAGGAGUAGAUCACAGCGAUCCUUGGGAGCCAUCAUCAGCUUGGGCUCAGCAGAUGGACAGUCUGCUCAUGUCCUACUUCCGGAACGCCUUCGUGGACGACAACGAUGCUGACGGAUCGUUGUCACCUCCGCUCAUCGAGGAUGCCACCGCCGAUCUCCGGGGCGAGACCCACAAGAUCCUAGUCUGGCACAUCGCCACCGGCCUCUGCCACAUCAAGCUACUGGAGGAAGCCGGGCAGCCCGCAGCUGGCGUCGACGACGACCUGCCGGCCAUGACGCCGCCGCUCACCGGCGACCUCGCGGCAGCGUGGCCGCAUCUCGUCGCCGCGGUCACCCUGUCCAACUACUGCGCGUACCUGGCCACGCAGGCGCUCGUGCCGGACAACGGCCUCGUCGCCCGCAACGUCCUGGGCGCCGUCCUCGGCGAGGUCCGCGGCGCCCUGGUCGGGUGCACGGCCGCGGGGGAGAUCCGCGGCAGGCUCGGCUCCCUGGCGCGCGACGGGAGCGCCGGCACGACGAUCGCCGGGAUGGGCGCGCGGCUGUCGGAGGAGCUCGUGUCGGCGUACGACGACGCCGGAGAGCUCUGGGGGCGCCUGGCAAGGUUCUGGGCGGGGCUCCUGCUGCACCUGUCGGCGUCGACGAGGUCGGCCAAGCACAAGAUCUACCUCCAGGGGCGCGGGGAGCUCACCACGCACCUGUGGCUGCUGCUGUCCCAUGCCGGCUUCCUCGGCAAAACCAGCCAUGGCGAGCAACUGCUUGACCCGGCAGACCUCAACAACGCCUAAUAAGUCAUGUAGAUAGUCCUAGCUAGCUAGUUUGAACUUGGUUUGUGAUGCAUGUUUGAUCAGGGCU